AGGAUAUGCGGCAAGACUUAUGGGUGAUUAUCCAGUUGGGAUUUGCCUUUUUCACAGUGUUCUCGGCUUUCAACUCGCAGGGCUUCGUUGAAAUUUCUGUGUUGAGAGGCAUCUCCCAGCAUGUUCCAUCAUCUGGAAUCACUGAAAAUAGCGGUUACUACAGUCUUGCCAUUAUUUAUCUUGUGUUUACUGUGUGUAAUCUGAUUGCACCUCCUAUAAUCAGCGUACUCGGUGCAAAAUGGGCGCAGGUUCUAGGAGCUGCUUGUUACACCUCCUUUAUGGUAGUGUUUCUGGUCGUCAACUCAUGGCUGCUGUAUAUCUUCUCCGCUGUAUUGGGCUUCGGUGCUGCAGUGAUCUGGACUGCAAAUGGUGCGUACUUGGUACAGUUUUCCCGUAAUGGUAAAAUGGGCAGGAAUAGUGGAAUCUUGUGGGCGAUGCUUCAGACAUCACUCGUUGCUGGAGCAAUUUUCCUUUUCUUCGUGCUCAGCUAUGGUGAUCUUUACUCCUCAUAUCGUCUCCUCUACACUGCGUUUGCAAUCGUUUCGUCUAUGGGAAUAUUAACAUUGUGCCUUCUUCCAUCUUCUCCACCACCGAACUCAGACGAAGGUCUGGAAGAUCCGCUCUUUGAUGACAAUACUGGAGAGUUGGAUGUUGUUUCAGCGCCUGUUGCACCUCAGGUACCAAGAAACUGGCAGGAAGAGUUUAAGCACACUUUUUCUCUACUACGUACCAGAGACAUGAUGCUAUUGUCGGUUUGCUUUCUGUACAGUGGUAUCGAGAUCACAUAUUAUAGCGGAGUUUAA